UGGGAUCCGCAUCUGAGGAGCACGGAACAUGGACAAGUCCACCCAGCCGUCGACGUAGAGCGGAUCUGGCCGCUCCUGGAACCGGAGGACCGGCACAGCACACUUUAGUGAGUCCGCGGCGGAGGGCCAGAGGCGGACGGACCCCCCCCCCCCCCCCCCCCCCCACGGGUCCACUCCCUGAAGGAAGAAGAAGAAGAAGAAAUGUGGCUGAACCCAGAGGAAGUUCUGCUGAAAAAUGCACUGAAGCUGUGGGUGACGGAGAGGAGCAACGACUUCUUCCUCCUGCAGAGAAGGAGAGGCCAUGGGGAGUCCACGGGCAGGAUCACAGGCCUCCUGGUGGGAGCCCUGGACACGGUGCUGGACUCCAACGCCAGGGUGAUCCCCUUCCGCAUCCUCCUCCAGGUCCCCGGCUCCCAGAUCAGCUGGGUCAUCGCCAGCGGAGCUGCCAUAGAAGAAGUGAACAAGCACUGGGACUGGCUGGUCCACAACCUGCUGCACUCUCUGUCUGUGUUCGAGAACAAGGAGGAUGUCGCCAGCUUCGUCAAAGGAAAAGUCAAGGGGCUCAUUGCAGAGGAGGUCCGGGGUCGCCAGGCUGCCCAGGAGGAGGACCCGGGGAAGUUCAGGGAGGCGCUGCUGAAGUUCGAGCUGCACUUCGGCCUCCCGUCAUCAGAGAAACUGGUGACGUACUACUCGUGCUGCUGCUGGAAGGGCCGGGUGCCUCGGCAGGGCUUCCUCUACCUCAGCAUCAACCACAUGGCCUUCUACUCCUUCCUGCUGGGGAAGGAAGUUAAGUUCGUGAUCCCCUGGGCGGAGGUGACGCAGUUGGAGCGGGUCUCCACCGGCCUGAUGCACGAGGCCAUCCGAGUUAGCACGCGGCAGCGGCAAAGGGAGUUCUCCAUGUUCCUGAACCUGGACGAGGCCUACGGGGUCAUAGGUCAGCUGGCUGACAUUACCCUGAGGCGGCUGCUGGACAGCGAAGGACUGGAGCUGGAUCGAGUCCUGCAGCAGCCCGCACGCAUCACAAAGAGAAUCCUUGAGGAGCAGGCUCUGAGGGAGUACGUUCUGGCUCUGUUUCGGCUCCCGCGUGGCGAAAGUCUCCACGAGGUGGCUUCCUGUUCGGUGUGGACGCCCCACGCUCGCUCCCACACAGCCGGGACUCUUUACACCACUGACAACUAUCUGUGUUUCUGCAGCAGAGAGGAAGGCCACUGCAUCCUCAUCAUCCCACUGUCUGAGGUUUUGUCCAUAGAAAAAGCCGAGAGCACCAGUGUUCUUCCUAAUCCGGUCAUAGUGAGUGUUCGGAGUAAAAAGGCCUUCCAGCUGAUCGAGCUGCAGGACAGAGACGAGCUGGUGGAGAGCCUCAACUCCAGACUCCGAGCUCUGCAGUGGAAACGCUCCAUGUUCCGCAGCAAGAAACACGGCAAGAGGAGUAUGUCCUCCCCCACUCCCUACUACACCUUCUACUAUGACACCGGUGUCUCCGAUGAAGAGGAGAUAGAGGAGCAUGUUCUACGCAACACCGUCAACAGUGAGGCUCUGAUGACCGCCUUCCACCAAACCCAACCAGGAACAAAUGGAAGCAAGAGCAUGGAGCAGGUGAAGGAACGGCUCUGGGACGAUCACUUCGCCGAGUUCGGACGGGGCGUGCACAUGUUCCGCACCGAGAAGAUCCAGAGGCUUGUUGCCAUGGGGAUACCAGAGUCACUACGGGGCGAGCUGUGGAUGACGCUUUCUGACGCGUCCUCAGAGCUGGAGUCCCAUGAGGGUUAUUACUCCAGCAUGGUGCAGAAGUCCAUGGGCCACAACAACCUGGCAACAGAGGAGAUUGAGCGGGACCUUCACCGCUCACUGCCCGACCAUCCGGCCUUUCAGAACCCCACCGGCAUCGCUGCGCUCAGGCGCGUCCUGACCGCCUACGCCCACCGCAACCCCAAGAUCGGAUACUGUCAGUCUAUGAACAUCCUGGCGUCAGUGCUGCUGCUCUACGCUAAAGAGGAGGAAGCCUUCUGGCUGCUCGUGGCCGUUUGUGAGAGGAUGCUGCCUGACUACUUCAACCGCAGGGUGAUAGGAGCCCAGGUGGACCAGUCGGUGUUUGAGGAGCUCAUCAGGGAGCGUUUACCAGAGCUGGCUGAAAACGUUCCGGACAUCUCCGCCCUCUCCUCCGUCUCCCUGUCUUGGUUCCUCACUCUCUUCCUCAGCGUCCUGCCCUUCCAAAGCGCCGUCUGCGUGGUCGACAGCUUCUUCUUCCAUGGAAUCAAAGCCAUCUUCCAGCUGGGUUUGGCGGUGCUGGAGGCCAAUGCUGCGCAGCUGUCGUCCAGCACCGACGACGGACAAGCGCUUAUGAUUCUCACUAGUUUCUUGGAUCAGGUCGGAGCAGAAGAGCCUGCAUGUGUUCCGUCAUCGCCUGCUGCAGAGGAGCUGAGCAGCAGUCACACAGAUACACCUGCUGUGAACCCAACGAACAUCACCGACCUCCUCAAUGAGUCCUGUGAGAAAUUCGGAGACCUGACUGUGAGGCAGAUCGAGAGGCUUCGCUGUCGCCACAGGAUCCAGGUGCUCCAGGCGCAUGAAGACACCACCAAAGAAAACGCUUUGAGACUUGUGACUCCAGAAGUUUCCCUCUCUCCAGAGAACUUGUCAGAUGCCUAUGACCUCUUCAAGACAGAACACUUCAUCAGCCUGUACUGGGGUGACAACAGCUUGGCGGCGGCGGCAGAGGCGGCGGCGUGGAAACACGGUAACUCGGGCCACUCGUACAUCGAGCGUCAUUACCGCCUGGACCGGCCUCAGUUUAAGAGCCUGUACGGGCUGCUGGUGCCAUGGCCCGGCAGCUCCGAGCAGCACGCCGAUACUCUGGCCAACCGCACCUUCACCCUGCUGGACCAGGACCGCAACAACCUGGUCACCUUUAAGGAGUUUGCCGUCUGGCUGGAUACUUUGUACUGUGAAGAGCUGAAUGAGAAAAUAAGGCUGUUGUACCGUCUGCACAUCCCACCAGCUCUGACAGAGACUGAGGACGACCCCUCCCUGAUGAAAAGCCCACUGCUCUCCACCAACAGACCUCUGUACGUCAAUCGCAACUCCGAUGAUGCAGGUGAAGAAGUGAAAGAUUACCAGGAGCAGCUGAAGCAGAUGCUGAAGGAUCUGGUUAAAGAGAAGGAGAAAGACGCAGACAAACCUCUACCACUCAUGAAUCAGCGGGAGUUCAUCCAGUUCUGUAAGACACUCUACAGCUUGUUCCAUGGUGACCCAGAGGAGAACGAACUCUUCCAGGCCAUCGCCACGGUAACCAGUCUGGUGCUGCAAAUCGGCGAGGCCGGUCACCGCAGGCCCAGCUCGGGGUCAGAGGACACCGGCAAAGGAACCGAGCCUGUGCAGGAUGGCGGCGAUGGCGGCGUUGACGGGAGCCUGGCGCCAGAGAGCGACUGGACGGUCAGCUACGCUCAGAUCCUGGCGUCGCUGCUGACGGAGCAGGCGCUGGUGAACUUCUUUGAGAAAACGGUGGAUCUGUCCGCCAAGAUACGGGAAGCAAAGGAGAAGCAGUAUCACCAGCGGGCGGGUUUGCUGAUGCUACAGCAGAGGACCAGCUGACUCCGACGUAAACGCUGGACUCGGAGCCAGAUGUCGUCAGAAGAAUGCCACAGUAUCAGUAUCUUUUACCAAAAUGUGACUGACUGUAAUGUACACGACACUGAUACCACUCUACUAUCUGUCUGCUAAAUACAGACCACAACACCAUCACAUUAUGAGGGCGGAACAUUUGAAAUAUUAGCACGCUUUGGCAAAACUGGAGAACCUUAGUAUGUGAAGACCAAAACUGCAGCAUAUUCCUAUUUUAUAGCUGCACUAUUUCUAAAAGAAUCUAUUUCUUUAACUACAACAAACUGUUCAUUGUGUAUCACAAAAUCACACAUUUUGGUCCAUGUUAUAAUGUACAUGGUGCAGUACAGUAUGCCAAAGGGUGCUUUCCCACCUCAUGGUACCGCCUCUACAUCAUUCUACCUGUUUUUUUAACUUUUUUUUUUUUUUUUUUUUUUUUACUUUUUUUGAAGUUUUUAUUAGAUUUUCUCUUUUUUCAGUACAAUACAAUGUAUACAUUCAAGUACUGUUCAGUUAGUUUUCUUUUCCCCCUACACAGUUGCAAAUGUAUUCUCACAAACCUUCACAAGCAGCACAGGAUGAAAAUUAGAGAAAACAAUAACAAUUAUAGCAAACAGACAAUGUUUACUUCCAAAAAAAUAAAAAGGCUGUACAUAUAAAUCUUCAUCAGAGGCAAAAUGACAACACCUUGAUAAACAAUAUCGAGUAUUGCAUCACCAAUAAAUAUUAUUGCAGCAGCAAAGGUAACAUAGGUUCCCAUCUUUUAGUAAAUAUGGUUUUAUGUGAUCUGCUCCAUCUGGUAAAU